AUGGUCUCAACUCGCAACCAACGCAAAGCUUCUGGAGAAGAACUUUUAGGUCCUUUGCUCGUACACCGAAAGCCAAGGUCCAAGAGAGACAAUAUGACUGGAGAAAACAAACAGGAUACAUCUAGUGAUGGCGAUCGCAUCACUAAACUUGAGCAACAAGUUGAAAACUUGUCUGCAUCAAUCCUUAAACUCGUGGAGAGUUUGAAGACUGGAAAAUCUUCACGUCCAUCAACUUCAUCUGAGCCUGAUCAAAAGCUCAAGAAAAAGGUUGUUGAGGAUAGCGAAGAUGAAGACAACAUACAAGCUGAUCCAACGAAAAAGGAAGCUGAAUCAGGUGACAAUAAAAAUUCUAUUGAUACCUUAAAGAUUGAUUUUAAGGUUGACAUCCCUAUUUAUAAAGGAGAUAUUGAUCCUGAAAAGCUAGAUAACUGGAUAGACACAUUAGAAACUUAUUUCACAGUUUAUAAGUAUUCUAAUGUGCAAAAAAUAAAAUAUGCGAGUUUGAAACUUUCAAGCCAUGCCCUUACAUGGUGGAAGUCCUAUCAGAGACGUUAUGAUGUCUCAGAAUUGACUUGGAAGAACUUCAAGAAGCUUUUGAGAAAACAAUUUUAUCCAGUUGGCUAUGAAGAUGAAAGAUGGUAUAAGUGGCAACACUUCAGACAAAGAUUUGGGCAGCCUGUACAAGAGUAUACAACAGAGUUCCACAACCAAGCUAUGGUUCUGGACAUUGACGUUGACGACUACGACGUUUUCAUGAAGUAUACCGGAGGUCUUGCCGACUACAUACGGAAAGAACUAAAAUUGUUCACCGUAGAUACUAUUGAAGAUGCUACUGUGAAGGCCAUAGCCAUUGAGGCAAAAAAUAAAAGAACUGACAAGAAGGAUGACAGAUCAAAACCUGUCAACAAAACUGACUGGCAGAAAAAGGGGAAGCAGAGCAAGGAAGGUCAGACACAGAAUGUCUACUGUGAUCACUGUCAAACCAGCAGACAUGCCAAAGACAAGUGCUGGAUACUCCAUCCAGAGUUACGGCCAAAGCGCGAGAAAAACAACCAGGGGAGAAAUGACAGAAAAGCCACCUUAACUGCACAACGGGCAGAAGAGCUUCCAAAGUUGAAGCAACCUGAUGUUACACUUACCCUUAUGACAAGACCAGCAGAUACUGAAGACACGUACAACCGUGAAGAGCUGUUUCAUGUGAAUAUCCAGGUGAAGCAAAGUGUUGUACAAGCUAUUAUUGACCCUGGAAGUCAGAAAAACCUAAUUUCAGAGGCUUUAGUAAGAACAGUGGGUUUAAACACCACACCACAUCCUAAGCCGUACCCGUUAGGAUGGAUUCAGAAGGAUGUUGACUUACAGAUCACGAAGCAAUGUACCUUCAAAUUUGCUAUCACCAAUCGAUAUAUCGAUGAGGUGACAUGUGAGGUGGUUCCUUUGGAUGUUUGCCAAGUCAUAUUAGGUAGUCCAUAUUUAUGGGACCGAGAUGCCAUCCAUUAUCGAAGGCUUCGCAAGUAUCGACUUGUGAAGGAUGGGAAGGAGUUCCACAUCAACGCUUGCAAGCCUCAAGCUACAAAUAAUUUGCUUACAGAUAAUUUGCUGACAGCUAACCAAGCCAAGAGGUUAGUCAAUUCAUGUGGGCGAUUCGUUUUGUUGAUGAUUCGACCGCAAGAUCAGAGUUCUAGAGCUGUGACAUUGUCUACAUUGUCUUUAUCUCCUGCACAAUGCUCAGACAUAGGGAAAUUACAGGAGAAGUUCAAGGACUUAUUUCAUGAUGUGCAGGGUUUGCCACCACGGAGAGCUGUGGAGCAUGAGAUCCAGUUGGUAGGAGAUUCACCUCUACCAAACUUGGGUUUGUAUCGUACUUCUGUGACGGAAUCUGACGAGAUCAAGAAGCAAAUUCAAGGACUUCUUGAACAAGGAGUCAUCAAACCCAGCUGCUCACCAUGUGGUUCGCCAGUGUUACUUGUGCCUAAGAAAGACGGAGACUGGCGUAUGUGUGUAGAUUAUAGGGCACUCAACAAAAUAACCAUUAAGAAUCGGUAUCCAUUGCCGAGGAUUGAUGACCUACUAGAUCAACUACAUGGUGCACGCUACUUCACUAAGCUUGAUCUCAAAUCUGGCUAUCACCAAGUCCGCAUCCAUGACGAAGAUACUUGGAAAACUGCAUUCAAACAAAGCAGGGACUAUUCGAGUGGUUAG